GGCAAGGAUACAUAUGUUGUGGAUGUCCACCUCUCUCCAGAGCUACAGGAAUGGCGCGAAGAGCAGCAUCGAGCGGGCCGUAAGCUGCGCAACAAAGGGACCGGGUUAGCACCGAUCUCCGAUAGCGUGCGCGACAUGUUGAAUGUUGGAGACUGGCCACCAAGCCUGCUCACCUGCGCUGCGUUUUACGGGUCCUGGUUUGCCGACAUGUUGAUCGGUGGAUACGAUCCCGAAACCCUCUACUCCAACUACUAUACGGAUACGUACUUCUUUAUUGAACAUGGGUAUUCUAAGGUCUUCCCGGGGUUUGAAAGAGGCUUACAGGAUGAACUUGAUAACCCCAGGGCCCGUAACACUUUUGGGGGCGACAUCCGUAGAAAGGUUGCUGAGCUGGGGAUGGUAUAUACGCGGCGUAAAGUCGAGCUGGAGGAAAGGCAUGUGAAAAACCUCAUGAACAAGACUGCGAGAUUACCGCGAGAUGAAUUUCUGGCAGUGAUACUCCAUGAAAGCUCAAUUAUUGGGAUGGCAUCAGAGAGCAUUGCCCGGGGAUACGAUCCAACCACGGUUGCUUUCCACUUCAUGCUGUCUUCUCCCGGGGAAGACAUGGUGGACGUGGGCAGUGAUAUACCGAACUCGGAGCUUUUCAACAGUAUCCUAAAUGCUGCCGAUAUUACCGACAGUGGGGUUGCUACGGAAGAGGCGCUUACGAACGUCUUCACCGCAUUUGCUCAUUGCAUGGCUCCGAUGUUUACGGAACAAUGGGACUACCCGGGUUCUCGGAUGUGUGCGACCCUCCUGACCUGGCAUAUCCAAAAUGAUAGACACCAUUACCUGCGCCGGGCUAUCCUGGGAUAUCCUAAGGUGCGACAGCGGGAGGUUGACCAGCGCGAGGCAUGUAUUGAGGGAGCAUUCGAUGAGCGUCUACACACCACUGGGUUUAGCAGGCCGCUGAAGAACGCAUGCAAUGGACAUCUGGUCUGCGAUCAGGUCCAGCAAGCGUUUGAUAGAAACCAUGGGGAACCGAUGUUGAAGGAAAUCUGGUACUGCUUUAUCCAAGCACCGCUUGAAUACGUCAAAAAUGGAGUGAUUGACGAAAGCUAUGAAGAAACUCUCGCUGAGAGAUCCCGCAUUGCUAUGGCACGUGCAGCCUCCUACGGUCUAAAUGAUGACAUGGCUUGGCUGUUGUGUCAUGCCAACCAGCAUGCGUUGCAGGUAGAACGUCUUACCGAGGCAGCAAUGUUUGGCAGCCUUCUAGACGACGGCGGAUUAGCAGGGAAAUUGGACCGC